UAUAGAGAAAAAUGAGAGUGACAAUGGGAGUGAGGAAGAGAUUGAGAGAGAGAGGAUGAGAAGGGAGGAUGAGAUGGAGGAGUAUCAAAAGUGAAAACAAUUUGAAAUAGAUUUCAGUUUUUAGUUUUUGCCCAUCCUCUCCUCUCAUCUUCCCUCUCAAUCCCAUCUCUACUGUUAUUCUCCCUCUUUUUCCUCUAUACUCUAGCACAAAAAAUGAAAACUAAAAACUAAAAUUGAAAUAGUUAUCGAACAGGCCCUUAUGUGCUUGUUGUCCUAUUUUCUUGUUAUGAGUGUUAAAUCUUUUCUAUUUCAUUUUUUAUGCAGAACAUAGCUUAAUCUGCUUAUGUAUCCCUCUAACUUAUCUGAUUGUCAUCCACGUGUACGCUUGUUGGAGAGCAGAACAUUGGUGGGAUAGCCAUUAUGUUGCCUUUUAUUUUUAUAAUAGAUUUGUAUUCUUAAUCUAUUGAUUUGUUGCUUAACUUCAUGAAGGAAAGCAGAAAAGUUGGCAUAUCAUUAGUUUGUUGUACUGAAGCCUUUUCUGGUAAUAGCUUUCCUUAAGUAGAGGUCGCAGCUUAAAAUGCUGUCCCUAGGGAAUAAAGGAAGAAUCUACAGGUCCUAUAAAACCCAAAAGUUUUAUGAUUUUUUUCACAUAAGAUUCUUGCAGAGACUUUCCAGUUUUUGUUUCACCCACUUUAUUCUCUUGUUGUAUCCUUUUAUUUACCCCAUCUUCCUUCCAUAAGCUUUUCAUUGCUUCCCCUUUGUUCAUGCAAAAUGGUCACUAAGCCAAACAUAAUACCAGGCUUCCUCUUCUGCCAUCUCUUGUUCCUUCUUUGUGUAGAUCGUUACUGCUAUUCUCAAAAGACCUGCCCAGAAUGUGGCUCCAUAAAAGUCCCAUAUCCCCUGAGCACAAACCCCGACUGUGGCGACCCUGACUACUCUCUCCAUUGUGACCCCUCCUCUAAGAAACUCUAUGUUGAUGCCCUCAAUGGAAGUUAUUAUCUUGUGCUUCAAAUCAUGGCUCCGAAUCAACGCAUGCUGGUACAACCAUCCCCAUGGCUGCCUGGCAAAUGUGUUACCCAAGACAUGGUGGUGAGUGAGGGCCUCUGGUUGAAUCAGUCACUUCCUUUCAACAUCACUUCGUCGAACACCAUCUUCCUCUUUAACUGCUCUCCACGGCUCUUGGUUUCUCCUCUUAAUUGCACUCCAUCUAGCCUUUGUCACCGCUACUUGGAAAGCUCAGGACAUGUUGACACAAACCGAGCACUUCAGUGUGCAGACAAGCUUAACCUUUGCUGCACUUUUGUUGCUGGUGGGACGCCUUCAGCCUACAAAAUACGGCUUCACAAUUCAGGUUGUAAAGCCUUUAGAAGCAUCCUUCAUUUGGAUAUAAACCAGCCUGCAAACCAAUGGGAAGAGGGAUUGGAAAUUCAGUGGGCUCCUCCACUUGAACCAAUUUGUAGAACACAGCUUGACUGCUCUCAAGCUUCCAAAUGUUCACCUACUGGUUCCAAUGGCCUCUCUCGCUGCCUUUGCAAUAGGGGCUACUAUUGGGACCAUGUUCUUGGAACAUGCUCAAGGAAGAAGAGGAACACGAAAGCCGGUCUGCGUUUAAAGGUCUCAGUAGGGGUAAUCUCUUUUUUCCUUGUGGCUGUAGUUAUAGCGAUAAUUACAGUGAAAAGGUCCUGCAAAUUCUCUGAGCAGGAAAAGCUUACCAAGGCAAGAGAAGCCAUGUUGAAGAAAAAUGACGGGAAAUCGGCUAGAAUGUUUCACUUAAAAGAAGUGAAGAAAGCCACUAAAGGUUUCUCUAAAGACAGGGUUUUAGGGAGUGGUGGGUUUGGAGAAGUCUACAAAGGAGAGCUUGAAGAUGGGACUGUGGUGGCUGUCAAGUCAGCUAAAGUGGGCAACAUCAAGAGCACAGAACAAGUACUAAAUGAAGUUGGGAUACUUUCCCAAGUCAACCACAAAAAUCUGGUCAGACUCUUGGGUUAUUGUGUGGAAGCUGAGCAGCCAUUGAUGCUCUAUGAGUACAUAUCAAAUGGGACACUCAGUGACCAUUUACAUGGUAAAUUUUCCACCUUUCUUGACUGGAAAACUAGGCUCAGAAUUGCCUUACAAACAGCUGAAGCAUUGACUUAUUUACACUCUGCUGCUCAUACUCCCAUCUACCAUAGAGAUGUCAAGUCAACUAAUAUACUACUCGAUGACGAUUUCAACGCCAAAGUUGCAGAUUUCGGGCUCUCCAGGUUGGCUUGUCCAGGUUUGAGCCAUGUCUCAACAUGUGCUCAAGGAACAUUAGGGUACUUAGACCCCGAAUAUUAUCGCAACUACCAGUUAACUGAUAAGAGUGAUGUUUAUAGUUAUGGGGUUGUGUUGCUCGAGCUUUUAACAUCACAGAAAGCCAUUGAUUUCUCGCGUGAUCAAGACGACGUGAAUUUAGCCAUUUAUGUGAGCGUAAGAGCCAACAAUGGUGCAAUUAUGGAAGUUGUGGAUCAGCGGCUGUUUAGCAAGGAGCCUGCAGGGAAUAUAUUGGCAAGCAUAAAACUUUUCUUAGAGCUCGGACUUGCCUGUCUGAGGGAAAAGAAGGGGGAUAGGCCAGCCAUGAAGGAUGUUGUUCAAGAACUCCACUGCAUAAUUCAAGUUUUAGAUCAUGAAGUGGUUCAAAACUAAUGAGAUUAGCUUUGUUGAAACUAUAUGACUUUACUGUACUACUAAUGUAACCGAAAAAAUAAAAUGUAUUGUACUAUUACUAGAGUGUGGAAAUGUUCUCCUACCUGACUCUGUAACAUGCUAUGUCGUUAGAUUGUUAAUAAGACGAACUCUUAUUUUAA